ACCGUGAAAUCAGUAGAUAUUUUACUUUCGGCGUGAGUGCACGUUUGUUUUCACGGCAAAAAAAAACUCGAGCAACAACAACAACAGCAUAAGCAAGUCUAGUGACAACAACAAAAACAACAGCAACAAGCAGAACUGAAGCAGCAACAACAAGUGACUAGUGAAGCAACAACAACGAUUAGUUGCAGCAUGUGUUGCAUGCAGUGAACAAAAAUAAACACCAGAAGUUUUUAUUAAUAUUCAUAAUUAACAUCGAAAAGAAAAACACAGUGAGAAAAGAAAGCAAAGCAGAGUGUGUGGUGCCAAGGAAAAAGAAGGAGACCAAACCGAAGUCGCUUGAACUGCUCUGCCCGGAAAAGUUCUCGUAACGGCACGGUUAAAAAUGUGUUAGGGAUCCGCGAGAGACACCUUCACUUCAUCAGAUACAAACGGAAACCACAUCCAGCCAACCAUGGACAUGACCAAACAGAUAAUGGACUUUGAAAUGAAGUCAGAGUACGAGGGAGAUCAAUUCGAGGCGAGUGACUAUACAAUGCCCAGCGUAGAAGAUCCCAAAAUGGUGUCACAACCCCUCAUUGAGGACUCGGAGGAGAGCGAUCGGAGAUCCUCGCCGGAGAGAGAAGUGGAAACUAGUUUUGAGGACCCCAAAGAGGCAGAUCCUCAAACAGAGAAAGACCUACCCGACACAGGUGUCAUCAAGUCCACGGAGAAGGAUGCAGACACAGCAGACACAGUGCUGGUGAAGCCAAAGUCAAGUCUGGAGAACGAACAGCCCCUGACACCGCCGCCCCGCCCGCUGACCUCCAGCGAGGUGGUGGGUCUCCGCGAUCCCGACGACCAGGAGCUGCGUCUCCGCCUGGAGGCCAAAAAGUCCCGCUCCCUGCCCGUCUCGCCACAGCCCCAGCAGCAAAGCCUCAAGCUGGCGGCAUCGGCUCUCUUCGAGUUCGGCCAGGCAUCAUCAUCGCCUCCCAUGGAGUCUAAGGUCAAGAGCAGCCCGGAACUGAAGACUCCGCGCCGAAAGGUAACUCCUCCCAGUGGCGGGGACAACCAGCAGUUCUGUCUGCGUUGGAACAACUACCAGUCCAACCUGACCAAUGUCUUUGACGAGCUGCUGCAGAGCGAGUCCUUCGUGGACGUCACCUUGUCCUGCGAGGGUCAGUCGAUCAAGGCCCACAAGAUGGUCCUCUCCGCCUGCUCGCCCUACUUCCAGGCUUUAUUUUACGAUAAUCCCUGCCAGCAUCCCAUUAUAAUCAUGCGGGACGUGAGCUGGUCGGACUUGAAGGCUCUGGUGGAGUUUAUGUACAAGGGGGAGAUCAACGUUUGCCAGGAUCAGAUAAAUCCGUUGCUCAAGGUGGCCGAGACCCUGAAGAUCAGGGGCCUGGCGGAGGUCAGUGCGGGUCGCGGAGAUGGCGGGGCAUCCGCACAUCCAAUGUCCGUUUACGACGACGAUGACGACGAGGAGCUGGCGGCAGCAGCCACUGCCAUUUUGCGACAACACGACGAUCCCGAUGCGGACGAUGAGCUCAAGGCCAAGAGGCCGCGCAUGCUGGCCGACGGCGCCCUGGAUCUCAACAAGAGACAGCGAAAGCGCUCCCAUGACGGUAGCUAUGCCACGCCCAGUCCCUCGCUGCAGGGCGGCGAGUCGGAGAUUUCGGAGCGCGGUUCCACCUCGACUCCCGGCCAGAAUCAGACCAACCAGCCACUGGCCAUGACCACUUCGACGAUCGUGCGCAAUCCCUUUGCCUCGCCCAAUCCCCAGUCGCUGUCGGGCGGCAAUGGAGGCGGCUCCUCCGCCGGAGGAUCCCAGCGGAACUGCUCCUCACCGCCACCAGCAUCGGGACACAGCAAUGGCAGCAGCUCGGCAGCCAUGCACUCCCCGCCAGGCGGAGUGGCCGCCCAGUCUGCUUUGCCCCCGCACAUGGUCGCCGCCGUGGCUGCUGCCGCUCACCAUGCCGCCGUUGUGCCACCCCCUCCACCCGCCAUGCAUCACCAUGCCGCCGCUGCUGCUGCUCAGCAGUUGGCCGCCCAACAUCAAUUGGCUCACUCGCAUGCCAUGGCCAGUGCUCUGGCAGCAGCUGCCGCAGGAGCAGGCUCGGGAUCGGGAGCUGGCUCGGGCGCAGGAUCGGGAGCCAGUGCACCGACUGGCGGUGCUGGAGUAGGAGGCAGUGCCUCUGUCUCAUCAGUGGGUUCCCAUCACGAUGACAUGGAAAUCAAGCCGGAAAUUGCCGAGAUGAUUCGCGAAGAAGAGAGGGCCAAGAUGAUCGAAAGUGGAGGACAUGGUGGCUGGAUGGGUGCUGCAGCCGCUGCCACCGGCGCUGCCUCAGUGGCGGCAGACAGCUACCAGUACCAGUUGCAGUCCAUGUGGCAAAAGUGCUGGAACACCAAUCAACAGAACCUGGUGCAGCAGCUGAGAUUCCGGGAGCGAGGACCCUUAAAGUCCUGGCGACCAGAGGCCAUGGCCGAAGCCAUCUUCAGUGUGCUGAAGGAGGGCCUAUCCCUGUCGCAGGCUGCCCGCAAGUUCGACAUCCCGUAUCCCACUUUCGUUCUUUACGCCAAUCGAGUUCAUAAUAUGCUGGGACCCUCGCUGGAUGGCGGUGCCGAUCCUAGGCCCAAGGCCAGGGGUCGUCCGCAGAGAAUCCUGUUGGGCAUGUGGCCGGAGGAGCUCAUCCGCAGCGUCAUCAAGGCGGUGGUGUUUAGGGACUAUCGUGAAAUCAAGGAGGAUAUGAGUGCCCACCAGUAUGCCAAUGGACAGGCCCAUGGUUCCCACUUUGGCGCUGGUUCCGCUUCUAAUGGCUAUCACAGUGCCGCUGCCGCUGCCAAGAUGGCCGCCCAGAAUGCAGCACUGGCUCCCCCAGAUGCUGGCAGUCCGCUUAGCUCCAUGACGGAGACCCUGCGCCGCCAGAUUCUCUCCCAGCAGCAGCAGCAACAGCAUCAACAGCAGGCGCACCACCACCAGGCGCAAUCGCACCACCAGCAACAGCCAUCGCACCACCCACAGCAGUCGCCUCACGGCCAGUCGAUGAACAUGUACAAGUCGCCGGCUUACCUGCAGCGCUCCGAGAUCGAGGAUCAGGUGUCCGCGGCGGCAGCAGUGGCUGCAGCGGCGGCCAAGCACCAGCAUCAGCACCAGCAGCAACAGCAGCAGGGUUCAGAGCGGCGGGGAGCAGAGAACCUGCCCGAUCUCUCGGCCCUGGGACUGAUGGGUCUGCCCGGCCUGAAUGUAAUGCCCUCAAGGGGAUCGAGCGGGGGUGCGGGUGGUGCGCCGCCCAACAGUGCCGCCUCCUAUGCACGCGAGCUAUCACGGGAACGCGAGCGCGACCGUGAGCUCUCCCGCGAACGGGAACGGGAGCGCGAACUGUCCCGCCAGUAUGGCAGCCAGUCGCGGGGCUCUAGCUCCGGUUCCGGCAGCGCCAAGUCCCUGACCGCCAGCCAAAGACCCGGCGCCGCCUCGCCCUACUCCGCCGCCCACUAUGCCAAGCACCAGGCCAGCGCCUACAACAAGCGCUUCCUGGAGAGCCUGCCCGCCGGCAUAGACUUUGAGGCGAUUGCCAACGGACUGCUCCAGAAGUCGGUGACCAAGAGUCCCCGCUUCGAGGACUUUUUCCCGGGACCAGGCCAGGACAUGAGCGAGCUGUUUGCCAAUCCGGAUGCAGCUGCUGCGGCGGCUGCGGCGGCCGCCUAUGCGCCGCCCGUGAAUCCGGUUCGUGAAUCGCCGCUGAUGAAGAUCAAGCUGGAGCAGCAGCAUGCCGCCGAGCUGCCACACGAGGAUUGAAUCCCGGAGACUGGCGGCUGGGGUAUGGUGGAUCAGGGGUGGGGAAAUUUUUAAAUACAAAAAUUUGUGGGUGAAUUUCUAAGGAAAGCAAGUAAUUGUUGGAAAACAGUAAGUAGUUGGAUUUAUUUUUUAUUUGGAAUUUAUUUUUUUUUAUUUAAAAAAGGUUAAGAAAUAAUUUUAAAUACAACCGAAAGUUAUAGUUUUUCAGGCUAAAAAAAAUAUAAAUAUCAGUUGCUUUUCUUAUUUAAAAGUAAAACUAUAGACGAGCAUUUUGCAAGCAAAAAUAAUUAGUUUACGGCUUAAAUUGUAUUCUUUAAAUAUCUCUUUAAAAAAAAAACCUUUUAAAAUUUAUAUAUUAUUUUUAAGUAGCAAAAUUCUUUUAAAGAAUACCAAAGCCUAAAAAAAAGCUCAAAAUAAAACCACACCAAAAUUGUUAAAAUAUUUUUCAACCCUGAAAAUUAAUGUAACAACUUCCCUGAUUUAACCAACAAUUACUUGUCUUAAGAAAGAAUUGCCCAGAAAAAUGAGAGCCACCCUAAAAGCCACACAAUACACACAAAGAAAAUACAAUACACAAAUACAUUUGGACUGCUACUUGAAACCCCAACGUUUUUAGUGUUUAGUGCUUAGUUGAAGUUGCUAACUGGUUUUUAUGCCUAGGCUAGUUUUAGAGCGCGUAUCGAGGAAGGUAUAAAGUAUUAACCUAUUAUUAAAGCACACCCCUAAGACCCGCACACACACACACACACAGCCCAACCUAACACAUACUUCGAAACUUUCCUGUAAGGAUAGGAUCUCGUACUUUGUCUUAUUUAUUUUCAAGAUAAUUCGUUGCGUUGAUUGCCUUUUUUGCCACGCGAAAAAUAAUAAUAAUAAAUAGAUGUAACGAUUAAAUGUAACCGCAAAACCGUAAGCCGUAAACAAUUAAAUUUACGAUUAGAGACUUGUGCAUUUCUUAAAUGUAGCUUAACCCUAGAAAUACACACAAACACACACACACUGAAUGUUGUCAAAUCUGGUAAUUACAACUUUAUAUACAUAUAUAGAUACAUAUAUAUAAAUAAUAGCAAAUACUUUAAGAUAUAUAAGCACACACAUACACGGAUAGAGAAGUGCAUACCUAUACGCAGCACACAAACACACAUACUUAUAUUAAUGGUAUUUCCAAAUGUAAAUGUAAAUAAUGUACAAAUUUCCAUAGCUUUAGGCUUCGACUUAAUCUUAGAUUUACCCCCCGGAAACGGAGAGCCCUUCGCAGCACUUCUUCAAUGGUAAUUGUAAUCGUAAUCGUAAUCGUACUGUAGCAUUGUAACAUUGUAAAUGAAUGAAUGAGCAAACAACGCAGGCAGCAUCACAUUAAAUUUGUGCUAAUUUUAUGUAAACACACACACACACACACACUCUUACAGCCACACAGCACACACACACUCGACUGUCAGAUAUGCAUAUGUAUUGUCCGUACUCUGUGAGUGAACUAUUAUUAUUAUUAUUACUAUUAUUAUUAUUAUCUAUCCCUAAAGAAGCGUUUAGUUAAACAAUAAAUUAUACAACAAUAAACAGAAAAUAAAAACAAAUUGAAAAACUAAA